AUGUCUUAUUUUACCUUGCUGUCGAUGGCCAUAUUGGCCUUUGUCGGUAUAGCGUCCGCAGACAUGCUAAUGGGCGCGGCAACCUUUGGAUGGCCACCGCCAAGAGCAUGGGACGAUACCGCUGAGAGUAUCUCUCCUUGUGGAUCUCUCGAUGAUCCAAGUGAUAGAACAGCCUUUAGUUACUUUAAAGGACAUGUGCUUCUUUUCACCCAAGCCAAGGUUUGGAACCUUCAACUAGGUGCUUCGUAUGCUUCACGUCCCCAAAAGAUGGCCGACUUCCAUCCCAUAAUGGAAAACGUAUACAUCGCCGAGGUCGACGCCGGCAUCACCUGCAUCAACGUCCCCAACGCUCCACUGGCCGUCAAAGCCGGCCAUCCAGCCACGCUGCAGCUCACAUACGUGUCCGACUAUGGCUCGCCUUCCGGUAGAAACAUGACCUUCUACGCCUGUGCCGACGUCGUCUACGUCAGCCCCUCCGACGUCCCAUAUCAGGUCCCGUGUCUCAACACAACAGAGCCAAAGGAUCACUUCGCGGUUCUUCCAGACCCUCCCAAGCUCUCCCCUACGAGUAGGGUCCCGGUAGCGGUAGACGAAAACGCCCCGCCGGAGAAGAUAAAGCAUCACGGACGUCCCAAGUGGGUGAUUCCUGUGGUAGGCAUGGGAGGGGCUUUGGCCGGGCUUCUUGUCGCGUUCUUGUGUUAUCAAACGGCCGAGGAAUUUGAUGGCACAAAAAGGCCGACAAAUUGA